AUGGCCUCUCCCCGUGCUGCUUCCCCCAUGACCUCCGGUGCUGAGUCCGGUCCCGACUCCAAGUCUGCUGGCGCUGGCACCGGCGCCUCUGCUGUCUCCUCCGUCAACCGCCCUUCCUCUCCCACUCCUCCUGGUGGUCCCCGGGCUGCUCUGCGUCGUCGCGCGGCCGCUGACCACAAGGAGUCCCUCCGCAAUGCCAGACCCAGCUCGACUCGCGCCGCCGGUGCUGGUGGCUCCUCCGGCACGAUGCUCAAGCUUUACACUGACGAGAGCCCCGGUCUGAGGGUCGACCCCGUCGUUGUCCUGGUUCUCAGUCUGGGCUUCAUCUUCUCCGUCGUUGGUCUCCACGGUAAGUGUUCUUCCUGGGCAGUCUUUGGAACAUUCAACGAUCUCUAA